AUGAAAAACUUGCCUUUUCUCAUAAACAGAAGAAAGGAGAAUACGAGUAACUCGGAUUUAUACCCUGGAAUGGCUAAAUUGCAUGAACCCAACUGGAUAGAAAUGGACGACCAUACUAAGAAGGACAACUUAGAUAUCGUUCAUCUUGAGUUCAGUCCAGAUCCAAUCACACCAAGCGAUAAUAAUAAAGUAGUAGCAGAGGUAUUUGAUGCUACGGAGGAUGCCCAGGAGGCAGACGAAAGCGAAAGAGGAAUGCCACUUAUGAAAGCAUUGAAUGCGUAUCCCAAAGCAGUUGCUUGGUCAUUAUUAGUCUCUACAACAUUGAUCAUGGAAGGGUACGAUACGGCUAUUCUGGGCGCUUUCUACGCUUUGCCGGUAUUUCAGAGGAGGUUUGGCUCACAAGAUGACCAAACCGGAGAAUGGGAAAUUCCAGCGUCAUGGCAAAUUGGGUUGACCUUAUGUUACAUGGCAGGUGAGAUUGUGGGGCUACAAUUAACGGGGCCCUCCGUGGACCUUGUUGGCAAUCGUUACACAUUGAUUAUCGCAUUGUUUUUUCUAACUGCCUUCACUUUCAUACUGUAUUUUUGCAACAGUUUAGGUAUGAUUGCUGUGGGCCAGGCACUGUGUGGAAUGCCAUGGGGUUGUUUUCAGUGUUUGACAGUGUCUUACGCUUCGGAAAUAUGUCCCUUGGCUCUUAGGUAUUAUCUAACCACAUAUUCAAACUUAUGUUGGUUAUUUGGCCAACUUUUUGCUGCUGGCAUCAUGAAAAAUUCUCAAAACAAAUAUGCAGACUCAGAAUUAGGAUAUAAGCUGCCAUUUGCCUUGCAGUGGAUUUGGCCAGUACCUUUAGCAUUGGGUAUUUUUUUUGCACCUGAAUCUCCAUGGUGGCUAGUCAAAAAAGGAAGGCUCGAUGAGGCAAGGAGAUCACUUGGAAGAACUUUAAGCGGCAAAGGCCCUGAAAAAGAAAUACUGAUAACUCUGGAGGUGGAUAAAAUAAAAGUGACUAUAGAAAAGGAGAAAAGGCUCACAAGCAGGGAAGGCUCCUACAGCGAUUGUUUUAAAGACAAGAUUAAUCGAAGAAGAACGAGAAUUACUUGUCUCUGUUGGGCAGGUCAAGCAACUUGUGGUUCAAUAUUAAUAGGCUAUUCAACUUACUUUUACGAAAAGGCUGGCGUUAGUGUUGAAACAUCCUUCACUUUUAGUAUUAUUCAAUAUUGUCUCGGUAUUUGUGCUACAUUUUUAUCUUGGUGGGCUUCAAAAUAUUUUGGAAGAUAUGACCUUUACGCUUUUGGACUGGCAUUCCAGACCAUUGUUUUUUUCAUUAUUGGCGGCUUGGGGUGCUCAAACACACACGGUGCUAAAAUGGGAAGUGGCUCUCUUUUGAUGGUAGUAGCUUUUUUUUACAAUUUAGGAAUUGCCCCCGUCGUUUUUUGCUUAGUCUCUGAAAUGCCAUCUUCAAGACUAAGAACUAAAACGAUUAUUCUAGCACGUAACACUUACAAUUUGGUCAGUAUCGCAUGUAGUGUUCUUAUAUUAUACCAACUGAACUCUAAGAAGUGGAACUGGGGCGCAAAGUCUGGCUUUUUCUGGGGUGCCUUAUGUUUCUGCACUUUAAUCUGGGCUAUAAUCGAUCUACCCGAAACUGCCGGGAAGACUUUUGUGGAAAUAAAUGAACUGUUCAAACUUGGAGUUCGGGCUAGAAAGUUCAAAUCAACAAAAGUAGACCCGUUUCUUGUCAAAGAAUCUUUUAGAAAUGUCUCCCAUAAUGAUCCCAAAGAAGAUAUGGAAGCUUCCAUCCCGGAUGGAGAGCAAAGUACCCCAUCACUUAUGAACUAA